AAGCUCCCCAAUCCCCAAUGCCUUCAUUGAGAUUCGAUAGUGACUUGUCCCUCUUUUGCUUAGUCCAGUUUUGUAUUAUUUCAAAAUGCAGAACAACUGUCGUUGUGAACUUGGCUCAAGAGGCUGAGCUUCUACUCUUUCAAUGGCGUCUCUCACUCCCGGCGUGCUUUCCAAGCUUCUCAACAAUGCAGCCAACAAGGACGUCAAAGUCACCGGAGACCACCGCUCUGCCCUUCUUCAGGUCAUCGAGAUCUUACCAUCACUCGCCGGAGCCGACGACGGCGAUCCAUGGCGGAGCAGAGGUUUUUUCCUCAAAGUUUCGGAUUCGGUUCAUUCCGCUUACGCCUCCAUCUCUGAUCAGGACUUGGAUUUAAUAUACAACGACGAGAUUCAGCUGGGUCAGUUCGUUUACGUAACUCGUCUAGACGCGGCUUCUCCGGUUCCGAUACUUCGCGGGUUGAAGCCCAUUCCUAAGAGGAAACCCUCUCCUUGUGUAGGACAACCCAUUGAUUUGGUUCCUAGCGAUUUGCUUCCUCUCCGUGAAGCUGGAGCUUAUUUUGGGUUUUCAAAGAUCAAAAGUAAAAUACCAAAAAAUGAUAAGAAUGUGGAUAAGGGUUCGGUGAUAAGUGAGUCAAAAACGGCCAUUGUUAAGGCCAAGGCUAGGAACUCGGUUUCGAAAAGUAGUUCGUUAGUGAAGAGUAGUCCUGGGAAUAGAAUGCCGUUUGAGGGUUUGGAGUUGAGGAGAUUGAGUUUGGAUUCGGCUAGUAGAAGAUCUUGGGAUCAGAAGUCGGCAUGCAAGAACGACACUGCUCAAAGAACUGUUCCACGUUCCAAGUCCAAACAAGUUUCGGCUUUGGUCAUUUCUGAUAAAGAAACUUCUCCUAAGAAUAUUUCAACUCUAAAGAGCCAAAAUCUUAUCACCUCUCCCUUGAAAAAUGAGAAUAGUACCCUUUCUCCAUCAUUGAUGAAAAAACCUUCGAAAAAAGAACUGAAUUCAUCAUCUGAGUGCAUUACUCCAAUCCGUCUUGUUAAGGUGCCCUUUACUUGCAAGAUUGGGUCUGGACAGAAAAUCUCAUGGGAUAUGCUGCCACACACAAUUACUGAACUUGGAAAGCAAGCUGUUCAGCAUAGGAAUGGUGCAUAUUUAGCUGCUAUACGCAGCCUUGAAGAAGCAUCAGCAGCAAAUGGUGUCAUUCGUUGCAUGGGGGUUUUUGCAGAACUCUGUGAGUCUUCUAAUAAAUCAUCGGCAGGAUCAUUGGUCCAGAAAUUUUUGGACCUUAAUCAGAGAAUGCAGUGUUCAGCAAAUGGUGUUGAUUUCUUAGUCAAUUCAAGGCUUUCUGGAGCUGAUCCAAGCAUUUAUUGUUCUGCUAGUAAGAAUGCCACAUUAUGGGUUAAAGCUGCUGUAGGAACUAAUCUGUCCACAUUCGAUCUGUUCAGAAAGCAGGAGAAGGAUGAAAUUCUAAAUGGUGAGAAGUGUCAUCAUGUUGUCCUAGAGAAUGCUCAAGAACUGAAUUUUGAGAUUUGUUCACCUACAAGCAAACUAAGUCGAAAUCAUACAACGCUUUUAUCAGAUUUAACUGCUAAGGGGUCUCAGUCUGCCUCAGGGUGGUUGCCGUCAGCCACAAGGAAAUCGAUUACUGAAAGGGAGGAUUUGUGUAAAGGGGAGAGAAAAUUAAAUGAGGCAGCUAGUUUAGCUCAAAAAAUUCUAUUUGCUUCUCAAGAAUGGUUCUUGAAGUACUUGGAGGAUUCAUUAAACAUUGGAUUUGGGUUGAAAAGAGAGGAAGGUGGUCCUGAAGUUGCAUCACUUCUGGGACAGCUCAAAAGGGUCAACCACUGGUUGGGCGACCUAGUUACAAAAGGAAUUUGGGAAGACGAGAGGAUUGAAGGAUUGAGGAAGAAGCUAUAUGGGUUUUUGUUGGAGCAUGUUGACUCUGCUGUUGCUAACAACCAGUAAGUAAGUUGAUCUAUAACAGAACACUAACAUGAAACAUAGGUUUUAAUUUAAUUCUCUUGUGCUGACAUUAGGCUUAGUCAAGAUUCAAGAAUCUAACGGCAAAGUAUUAUCAAGCGUUGCUUUGUGUCUACAUCUUCCCUAUUUUUAUUACUUAUCCUAACUUCUAGAAAUUGAUGAGAGCUAGCAGCACCUUGACAACUUGAGAUGACACUUUCCUACCAUUUGUUAAUCAAUUGUAUAGUUGAACUUUGGCACUAAGGUGUAAUGGUGUUUGUAAUGUUAGCUUUCAUUAUUGACCUUCCAUUUU